GUUACCAGUUUACAUUAAUAAUAAUAGUUACGUUACAGUAACGUUACGUGCAAGUAACGACAUUUCCAGUGUCACGGAAUUCUAAUAGCGUCUGUUGUGUCCAUGGCAACAAAGACUCUCUAAUACCGCUUCCUUGGGUUGGUUAGAAAUGCACUGAACUAUAUUAUUGCUGUUUCUUAUUCGCUCAUGUAUGUGGGGCGUCUACUGUGUCAGGAAUAAAAAAAAACUAUGUCGCCUAUAUGCCUGAGUACGGAUAUUUAAUGCAGCAAAACUCGUAUUUAGUCCAAAUCGACUAUCUGCUGCCAGCUGGAGGAAGGGUUACUCAUGGAAACAAAAGCUGAAAAUGUCCAAUCCAGUUAAAAAAGCAAGACAAGGAGAGAAACUGCCUCUUAAAUCCAGAGGAAUCCAGAGCAAGACAUCUUAUGAUCUCAGGAGGCUUCAGUCCCUGCUUAUCAAAGCCAACCCCAGACAAGAGGUGGCAGCGUUGAGUCAGAGUAAAGCACGCAGCAGAUCUCAAGGCCUGCAUCCUCCUUCUCCUCCUCAGAAAGACACCAGCAGACAGAGGAGCGAGAGCGACGUCAGCAGUGAAGCAUCCGAGCUGGAAAAAUUCAGCAUCACGUACAGAGACCAAAGAUGUUUCAGCAGCCACCCACUGCACACACUGUUCUCUGACAUCCUCACGUCUUUGGUCAAGAACCGACUCUGCAGCGAAUGGAUUGACCAUGCACCACCCGAGUCUGUCCUCAGAGUUCUGAUCUGCCUGCGAUUGUUAAUCAGAGAUCCUCACCAUCAGAAACUCCUCCAUCAGCUCCAAGGCAUCAGUUUACUUGCCAGGUAUAUGGAGUCUGUCACUGCCAUGUACAUAUCUUGUGACGAACAGGCGUUUGCUGCACAGAAGCUGGUCACAAUGACCUACAUGUUUCAGAAGCUGUCUGUCGUUGAAAAUCAGAGGGUCUGGGUCAUCGAGAGCGGCGCCCACAGGACCCUGGGGAAGCUCCUCUCCACGACAGAUAGCAGCGUGCUGCUCGGAGCCCUGCUGGCACUUACCACUUUGGCUGAGAGCCCAGAGUGCAAGGAGGAGAUCAGCGAGCUCCCGAUAGUGGAGAACCUGCUCGUGAUACUGCAAGAGUAUGACCUGCUGUCAAAGAGGAUGAGCGCCGAGCUGCUGAGGCUCCUGUCCCCGGUGUGGCAGGUGAGGGAGCAGGUGAGGGAGCUGGAGGGUUUGCCGGUGCUGCUGAGCCUGCUGUACGGCCAGCACCUGAAGCUGCUGUGGAGCGUCGCCUGGAUCCUGGUCCAGCUCUGUGAGGACGCCGACACCAGGACAGAGAUCCGGAGCUGGGGUGGAGUGCAGCAGCUUCUCCGGCUGCUCAGCAGUGACAGGCAGUACGUCUCUGACCGCUCGUCCAUCGACGCGCUCUCCAGCGCCAACGCGGCCGGCCGCAUCCAGAGGGAGCACGUCAGGGAGGAGCUGAGCCCGCAGGAAGAGGUGGACAACACCGUGGCCCUGCAGUCAGCCUGCUGCACUGUUCUGACUGAGCUCAGUUUGGAUGACACAUCUGCUCACCACAUUGUGCAGGAAAAUGGAGUCUGUAUAAUCGCAAAGUUGAUUUUACCACAAAACUCCGGACCGAAGGUCACAUCUUUACAGUGCUAUGCGUUCCGGACCCUGCGGUUUCUCUUUAGCGUGGAAAGAAACAGACAUCUGUUUAAGAGACUCUUUCCCACAGACCUUUUUGAGUUGUUUAUUGAUGUUGGACAUUACGUACGGGACCUUGCGGCCUACGAGGGGCUGCAAACCAAAGUUUCAUUCUACACUGAAGAAGAACUGGACAGUCUGAGAGAAAGCAUCGAGGCUGUGGACCAGAACAGACCUCCCCUUAAAGUCAUCAAUGGUUACUCCAUACUGGACCAUCUGGGCACCGGGGCCUUUGGAAGCGUCUUUAAGGUCCGAAAGCAGAGCGGUCAGAACCUCCUGGCGCUGAAGGAGGUGAACCUCCACAACCCGGUGUUUGGCAAAGACAAGAAGUCCAGAGACAGUAAUGUGGAGAAGAUCAUCUCUGAGCUCACCAUCAUCAAAGAACAGAUGACACACCCGAAUGUUGUUAAAUAUUACAAGACGUUUUUGGAAGGCGACAAGCUGUACAUCGUGAUGGAGCUGAUCGAGGGAGUGCCGCUGGCCGAACAUUUCAACUCUCUGAAGGAGAAACAGCAGCAGUUCACAGAAGACAGGAUAUGGAAUAUUUUCAUUCAGAUGUGUCGAGCGUUGCGCUACCUGCACAAGGAGAAGAGGAUCGUCCAUCGCGACCUCACACCAAACAACAUCAUGCUGGGAGAAAAGGACAAAGUCACCAUCACUGACUUCGGCCUGGCAAAGCAGAAACAGGAGAACAGCAAGCUGACGUCAGUGGUCGGCACCAUCCUUUACUCCUGUCCAGAGGUGGUGAAGAACGAGCCGUACGGAGAGAAAGCUGACGUCUGGGCUGUGGGCUGUAUCCUCUACCAGAUGGCCGCUUUACAGCCUCCGUUCAACAGCAGUAACAUGCUGUCGCUGGCCAGCAAGAUUGUCGAGGCUGUCUACGAGCCGAUUGAAGACGGAGCUUUCUCAGAGAGAGUCACAGACAUGAUCAGAUGGUGUUUGAGCCCAGACGCAGACCAGCGUCCCGACAUUGUGGCCGUCAGCUCGAGGAUCUCCGACAUCAUGAUGAGGCUGAUGGACGGACUCUACGCGUCCCAGAACGCACUGGAAAGACGAGCAGAGAGAGACAGGAGGCGAGCGCAGAGGUAUUUCCUGGAAAGGCACAGAGGCAGGACGGACUGCUGUCACUCAAACCUCUCCCAGGAAAAAUCCUCGAUAAACGCAGAGACUCCGACUCCACACUCAAACCACAGCGAGCAGACGAUCAGUCGAGAUGACGUCUCAGAGGGUGACGCUGAAGCUUGCGGAUUAAAGUCCAGUGCCUGUGUUACACCUGACCACAUUCAAUCUGGGUCCAGACCAAGACCAGUGUCAGCGGGGAUUUGCGUCUCCCAGAAGAAAGUUCGGCAGAUUGAUGAUCCCAUUCAGAGGCUCCUCGUGCAGCUGCACAAAAUUAUUUACGUCACGCAGCUUCCACCGGCUCCGCACCACAACAUCAAACGAAGAGUUGUUGAAAGAUUUAAAAAGUCUCUCUUCCACCACGGGAGCGAUCCGUACAACCUGAAAGUGGAGCUCAGCAAGCUCCUCCAGGCUUCUCCAGAGCUGCUGGAGUUAGGCUCAACCAGCUCAGACUGGUUUCCUCUGGUCCAUCACUUCACAGGAGACCCCCACGCUGCUGACAGCACAGGUGAUGGGAACCUCAAAGACGGAGUCACUUAUCAGCAGAUGCAGGGGAUCGUCGAGGAGCUGCUGGAGGAGAACGGCUACUAUGAAGCAACACAUAGCAGGGUUGCAGAGAAAAGAAGUGAUCCUGAAAACAAGUGACCAUGGAUCGUACUCAUCCUCAUCCGUCGUUCAGAUGCCACAGAAGCAGCUGGAAAAACUAAAACCUGUUAUUCCUGUCACAACAUUUGAAUCAAAAAUACUGUAUGCACACUUGAAAUGUUAAUUAAUCUUAGUUAUAAUCCACCAUUUAUACAGAACAUUUAAAAAAUCAAAAAGAUAUUGAAUGUCUCCUCACAAAUAGCUGGAACUGUCUCUUUGUUUUCUCAGGACUCUUUUAUUUGUGUAAAGACUGAAGCUAAUUUAUGUGCAUUCCUGUCAGUUUAGGCCACAUGAAGCUUCUCACUCUUAUCAAAGUGAACCAGCACACACACACACACACACACACACACACACACACACACACACACACACACACACACAGCUGGCUUACUGAAGCUUUUUUCAGGGUUCAGCUUGUGCGAAGCUUUCCGUUUUGUUUUUUCAGGUUUGUCUGCGUUUAGCACUUUAACUUCUCAGGAUCAGACUCAGCGGUUCGACUGUUUUUGACGCCUCGCUGCAGGACUGCACAUCACAGCCUGUGUUUCAGGUGGCUGCGAGCCAAAGCUGCAAAGCCAAAGCUCCUCAUUGAGUUCACUGUGAAACAGAUGAUGGGAAACUCAACACAUCAGUGUUCGACUGCAGCUUUGGCACACAGCGAAAACUUAAGAUUUUUCCUCUACUUGAACUUAAACAUGCACUUUGAAAUACUGUUUUCAUUUUCAUUAUAACUAACAUGUGAAAUGUACUUUUUUUGUUUGUAAUUCACAUUUUCACUCACAAGCUGAAGGGAUGCUUUCUUUGCACUUUGAUCCAGAAGGGAUUAUUAGUCAGUAUCAUCUCCAUGUAUACAGAAACAGCUAUUUUAAAAAGAUAAAUAAACUAUUUAAUGCAGA